CUGCCUCUCUGGAUGUUCACAAAGAUUUCAGCGGAUAACGGGACAGGUGAUUCGUUUUCUACUGGAUGAAGGGUUGGAUGUUCCUUUUUUAUUUUCUCGGAAUCCCAUUGUCUUCGUGAAAUUACUUUUAAGACCCAUGGAAGUUUGAUCAAAGGUGUUAAAAUGGAACUGAUGAGAAAAUCUGCCUGCGUUUUGGUUUUAUUCAGCAUCUCCGCGUGGGCGUCAAAGAUUAUAGGCGACAUUUACGAGCCCAGAGGUCAACAGAUCUGCAAGCGUGGUACCGAGAAGCCCUGCUAUAAAAUCGCCUACUUUCAGGACAGCCGACGUAAACUCAACUUUGAAGAUGCGAAUCGAGCCUGCAGGAGUGAUGGUGGAGACCUUCUCAGUAUUGAGUCUGAGACUGAGCAGAUACUGAUAGAAAAUUUCAUCCAUGAACUAAAAGCAUCAGAUGGUGACUUUUGGAUUGGGCUUCGUAGGGAUCAAGAUUAUGAGGAGAAAAACGGAGAAUGCCCAUCUCAAUACUACUGGCUGGAUGGAAGCCAAGCAACCUUCAGGAACUGGCACUUUGAUGAGCCUUCUUGUGGGUAUGAGGUGUGUGUAGUGAUGUAUCAUCAGCCCUCUGCUCCUCCGGGCCAGGGCGGUCCUUACAUGUUCCAGUGGAAUGACGACAAUUGUGAAACCAAAAACAACUUUAUCUGCAAGUACACCAAAGAUAAACCUCUAGCACCCAUCCCUGCAGAAAAUGAAACAUUUAAAGAUGCUUUUCCGACACCCAGAAUACCCAGAUACCCCUCUGCCACAGAGAAGGAUGAUGGCAUGAGGGUGGUUGUAUCUGAACCUCCAGACAAUACUCUCAAUAUCGCUUACAUUGUGCUGCCAACCAUACCACUUCUACUGCUGCUGAUUGUGGCGACGGGAGUUUUCUGCUUCAAGCUGUUCACAAAGAGGAAGAAAGAACAGACUGAGACUCCUCCAAAGGAUCCAGGAUACUGGGCCGCUGGAGAAAGAUGCAACAGCCCGAGCCCUGACGUCUACAAGGUCAUCCGAAGGCAGCACGAAUCAGACCUGGCCGGCACACGGCCUGACAUCAAAAACACUUCCUUCCUGGGUUCUUCCCCAGACACUCCACCCGGAGAUUAUGACAACCUGGCAGGCCGGGACACUGAAAGUGGUUUUGUGACACUGGCCAGCACUGAGAGCGGCUUUGUGACCAACGAUUUGUAUGACACGCUGCAAGGCCGUGGAAGCGGGAGAUACUACAGAGACCAAGGAUGGAUGGAUGAGUUAUAUGGCUACUGAUAUAAAAGAUGACAUUAGCAUUAAACACGGUAUUCUCUUGUUAAGAAUGAUAAUAGCUUACCUGUCGAUGUCUUGCCCAAGUAUUUCCUUGGUGCCAGAUACCCAGUAUUAUCUUUAAUUCAAGUAUCCACUUUAUUUUUAACAUAAGAAUGAGUGUGGUCAUUAGUAACUUGAAUGUGUAAGGCUUCAAGUGUCAUUCGCUUUCGGUUAUUGUACCUGUACAAAAUGCUCAAAUUUUGUAGGUUUUCUGUUAUCAGCCAGCGAUGAAUGUAUCAAAGUAUACAGCUAUAGUAUAGUACAUUGUUUGUUAAUGUUUGUUUAGCCCAUCCAAUUAAAGGUAGGGUAGGCAAUUUCGAACAGGCUAGCAAUAGCAGGCUAGCUUUGAAAGCAUGAGAUCCCACCCUCCCUUAAAACACAUUAACGCACACAGCAGCGUCUGAAAAGUGGUGUGAGAAGAGAGACGGUGUCAAAUUACCUCAUGUAUUAAAGCACAUACCAUUACAAUAAUAACGAACGUAAACAACUUGUGCUCUAGUUGUACCACCUGACUGCUUCAGAUUCAUUUCGCCGUUGACAUAGAAACGCAUAAAUCCGAGUAUGAGGUUGUGAACAGCUCCUGGUAAAACUUUGCGGGUUUCCAUUUACAAAUUGCGGUUACGACAUGUAGGGCCCUAUAAUUUCUUAUUUCACGGAAUCGCGGAUGGAAUCGUGGAAUUGGCCAAUUAACGCAGAAUCUAGUGUUAACGCGGAAUUUCGCAGAAUUUUACAUAUUUGGAAUGAAAUUCGUUUUUUGUGUGGGGGAAGAACGUAUGUCUGAGGAAAAUGCAGAGAGACGGGGAAGCAAAUCUGGGCGACACAACCCCUCCCGUCAUUUCAGCUCAUGACGGCAUCAAAACAAUAGCCGCGUUUCCACUGAAAGCAUGGCGAAGCGGCUCUCCACGGCUCUACUUUCAUUGGCGAAAAAGUUAAGAAACUCGUCGCACACACACACGAAGUCCCCUCCGUGCACGUCUGUCUAUGAGGUGCCGGGCCGAGUGUGUAUGUUUUAUUUGUGUACAUUUUAAUCAUUAACAUUAAAAGCAACAUUAAAAGCUCUUUUACAAC